AUGGUAAGAAAAACACAGAAAAACAUCUAAGACGUGUGGGUCGCCUCAAGACAGCAAGACAGAUUCUACAUUACUAACAAAGUGUUCUCAUUUAUGCUUUCAGCCUCAUUAGCUGGAGUAACACUCUCUUACAAGCCACUCUGCCAUGAGUACCAAGAGUACUAUGAUGAAAAGGGAGAGGAAGAUUACACAUACACCAUCAUCUAUUGGUUCUUGUUUAUUUUCUACUCUUUCCAAGCCCUCGAUGAACUUAUUGAAAUGUUUUCAGUCCUCACUAAGAGAGAGAAGGGUGCUUUGGGACUUCUUUUCGAAAUGAACUAUAUUAUGGGACUUGUUCUUUCAGUGUUCUUGGUAGUUUUCGUUUUCACUGCUGCUGAGUUAGAGGAGAGAUUCAAGCCAUUAUAUAACUGGUUGUUCUAUCAAGUAGUUAUUUUCUUUGUUGCAAUCGGAGCUAUCCUCGCUAUUUCCACAUGCUUCGCUGUAAUCUAGAGAAGAACUCUCAGAUAACAGAAAGCCUCACAAAUCGCUUGA